AGAAACGAGCAUGGCGGACAACCGCAGUAGUUCGACGACGCCUGAAAUAACUUAUUAUUUGAACAUCGAGAAUGCAAAAAUUCUUGCGUUUACAAUGGUCAUGGGAUUCGUUAUGUAUCAUAGUGUUAUACACAUGAAAUAUGGUAACGACUCCUGUAAGUGGUUGCUGAGCGAUGGCCGCUUCCCCGGAUACAAUACGUGGCAACCAUACGGUUGUAUGAUGCACAAGUACAACAACUUAGAUGCCAGGAUGUGUAUGCAUUAUAUAUCCUACUGGGGAGGUCACAAUCACAUAACGUUUCUGGGCGACUCUCGAAUCCGACAGCUGUACUUUGAAUUCAUCAACCUGUUGAGUCCCACACCAGUCAAGUCCUACAAGACACACUCCGAUCUACACUUCCGGGAUAACAAAAUACACGCCACUGUGGAUUUCCUGUGGCACCCGAUGGUGAACAUCUCCAUGUACGUAGUGUAUAAGAACUGGAUGAUGCAGGACAUGAAGGACCGACCCAACCUGGUCAUCACUGGCAGUGGCACGUGGUGUAUCAAACAGUUCAAUGGAAGUGAGGAUGCCAAGAACAACUUUGCAGUGAAUCUGACGAUGGUCAUCCCACUGAUGAAGAAGAUGAAGCAGGCAGGAGAAGGCAAGACCAACAUCAUCUGGAUGUUACAGGACCCUGUUGACGAGUCGAAACUCUACGGCAACAGAAGCUCCAUAACCAACCAGCAGAUAGAUAUGUACAACAGGGUAGCACUUGACCAUCUGGAUGAUGAAAGUGUGGCGAAGGUGUGGAGUUCGUCUCGUUUGGUUGCCCAGGGGAUUAGGGAUAGGUCUGAGGAUGGCCUCCACAUGACAAAGCCUGCACUAGACCUGGACGCCCAGAUGUUGAUGAACAUGUAUUGUAACGACAAUAUGAACCAUGUGGACGGUACCUGUUGUCGCAGCCCUGAAGUAGCCACCACACUCCAGAUCAUUGUGGCCUCUUUCUUCCUUGUCUGUAUGGUUUCUGCCUUUGCCCUGAUGGUGUACAGGAAGAGGCUCCGGCGUAUCAGUGUCAAGGCUCGGGCAGAAAAUGGUCAGAGGAAUGGUCAAAACUCCAGUGCUAUUGAGCCGUUCCAGCCAUGUUUUGACGUACUUACCUCCCUUGCGAAAUUCGGCCUCAUCAUGGCUUAUUUCUAUAUUUGUGACAGAACCAAUUUCUUCAUGAAGGAAAAUAAGUAUUACACCCAUGUGAACUUCAUUUUACCCUUCGCCUACAUAAUGAUUCUGGGAUUCUUCUUCACAGAAAGUACAGAUCAGACAGUAGUAUUACACAGAGACCAGACAGAUGAGUGGAAAGGAUGGAUGCAGCUGGUUAUAUUAAUAUACCACUUAACAGGUGCCUCAAAGGUACUCCCAAUAUACAUGCACAUACGAGUUUUGGUAUCGUCCUACCUCUUCCUGACAGGGUAUGGCCACUUCAUGUUUUUCUGGAAGAAGGGCCAGUAUAGCAUCCUUCGUUAUUGCCAGGUUUUGUUCAGACUAAACUUUUUGGUUGUCUCCCUUUGUUUUGUGAUGAAUCGUCCGUACCAGUUCUACUAUUUCAUUCCUCUGGUGUCCUUCUGGUUCAUCAUCGUGUACCUCACCAUGGCGAUCUUUCCACAAGUCACGGCUUCCUCAGCAGAUGCAAGAAGUGUACACUACUUGUAUCUGAUCCUAAAGUUUAUUAUCCUUGCUACAGUUAUAACUCUCUUCUAUUUCUCAGAGGUGUUCUUUGAGAAAGUGUUCCUUACUCAGCCUCUCAAGGCUCUAUUUGUUACUUCGGAUGAUUCCAUACAUGAGUGGCGUUUCAGGUGGAAAUUGGACAGAUACAGUGUGCUUUUUGGGAUGCUGUUUGCCUUUACAUACCAGAUGCUGAUCAAGUUUAGAAUUAUCAACGACACUACGACCGAGUCUCUGGUGUCCAAGGGCUUCAGUUACUGCCUAGUAGUGCUCGGCUUCAUAGGACUAGGGAGUUUUGCUGCAUUCGCAUUUCUGUGCAAGAACAAAAGGGAAUGUAAUGACUACCAUUCCUACAUCGUCUUCAUUCCAAUUGUCUCGUACAUAACAGUACGAAAUGUCCCCGGUUGGCUGAGAACAAAGUACAGCUCCUUUUUUGCUUGGUUUGGAAAGAUAUCCCUCGAGCUGUUCAUUGCUCAGUACCACAUCUGGCUGGCCGCAGACACCAACGGAGUCCUGGCCUUGAUCCCGAGCUAUCCUGUGCUGAAUGUCAUCAUCACGUCCUUCAUUUUUAUCUGUGUGAGCCAUGAAAUCUCCAAGGUCACCAACACCCUGGCCAAGUACUUUGUGCCCAAUGAGUGGAAACCAUUGUUACGCAACUUAAUUAUCUUUGCACUUAUUCUACUUCCUGUUGCUAUCACACAUGGUGUGCUUAAGUUUUAAUUUGUUGUACGUCAUUGCAAUGUUCAACUAAUUAAUAGACUUGAUAUUUUAUUUUAUUUGUGUUUCUUAUACAGAAGGGAAAAAUGGUUUGGUGUUGGAUAAAUGUUUUGACUCUUUCACCCCUAUACAUUUAAACUGGACUUGCCCAGUCUUUGAUUUGGUAAGGUUCAAAUGUGACUUUAGGGGUGAAUUGGUUAAUGGGGCAAAUCAUGUGGAAAUAGUUUCUUGUUAAUAUUGAGGGUCCGUUCAUAUGUGGUUGUCUCUUGACUCAUCUAAAACAGUAUAUAUGUGUUAAAUUGAAUAAUUAAGAUUUUCUCAACUCGCCAGUGUGUGAUCAUAGUAACAGAAAGGGCUGGUUCCUUGUAUAUAAACUGCAUCAUAAGAAUAGUUUUGUAGAUUUUGUAUUUAUUUUUAAAAGGAUAGCGUAGUCAGUUUGCUAGGAAGGAUGAAAUUUUGUAUCAGUACGAUUCACUGUUCAAACUUUUGUUUCAAUACUGAGGAUAGAAACAAUUUUUAUCAACUGAUAUAACUCUGUUCCUAGACAUUUGUAGCCCUUCAAAGUGUUUCCUAUUAUUUAUAUUACCGUAUAUAUGCCAAUAAGCACAUACCUGGUCAUAAGCCCAGCCAUAUAUAUUAGAGUUAAGUGUUGUUUCAUUGUUCUGUAAUAAGCUCUAUCCCCGCCACACUUUCAGUCAGAAAUAAUGUGUUCACUCCCUGGGCUUAUUGUAUGAUAAAUAUGGUAUCUAAAUAUAAUAAUCCAUAUCAUAAUUAUUUGCGGACUGUGCCGUUACUUUCUCUGUCUCGCAGACUUGUCAUUUUGGCAAUAACAAGUCAGAAACGUUCAACCACAGAAUUUCAUUAGCCAUGUCUCAUUUCACUACUCUCACCUAUAAUCAUAAUGGGAAAACCCCAGAUACUUUAAACUAGAUACAGUUUGAAUAUUGUCUCGGUAUUAACAUCUGGUAAUAACUUAUGAGAUUUUACUAAAAUAUCUCAGCUGUUGAAGAAGAAAUCACUAAACUCAAUAAUUUUAUUAGAAAUAUAUUUUAAUUCGAUUUUUUAUUGAUAACUAUGUAUUAAAAAAAAAAGCUAGUCUAAAUAGUAUUUUGAUUAUAUAUAUAGCUGUGCUGACUUUGUAAUCAUUUUUUUACUAGUCAAUUAGAUAUAGGAUUUUUUCAGAUGCUGUUUUUUUUUUUUUUUUUGCAAAUUUAUUUGCAAAAUUGGCAUGAGUAAUGAGCUUAAUAUGACCUAUGAAUUUCUGUUGAAACGUUUUUGAUCAUCAUCAGAAAGUGAUUCCAAAAGGCUUGUAGAAUAGUCAGAAGAUAGAAAUCUGGUUCAUAGUUUCAACCAGUGCUAUAUAAUAUUGCAAUUUCAAUCAUUUAUAACACCUCUUCCAAAAGUGGUGGUCAAAUUUUAACCGAAUUAAGUUGGUAACAUCUGAGUAAUUCAGGAUCAUGCGUUAUACAGGUAAAGUGGCUAAUAUUCCUGAGGGCUAUCCUUCACAAUAUCUGGGCAGAUAUCAACUUCAUUUCGAAAUUAGCCAGGUGAGCAAAUCAAGGUCAAUGGGUCUCUUGUUUUCACAGUAUCGUAACAUGAAGCAAAUGUAACAAUGGACAUCCUGUUUUACACUGGUGAUCGGUUUCAUCUGUAAGAUUCUCACCAUCUGCUAUUAAAGUAGUCCCAUUUUUCAUGUCCCUGCCAUUUUAUGGAGGGCAUUUAGUGUUACCCAUGUCUGUUCAAACUCUGCUGAUCUCAUUUCUUGAUAGAUUUUAAACUGAUUUUCAUCAAAGUUUAUAUGAAGGUCAAGUAUGCAAAGACCUCGGAUGAGUUCCUAAUUUAAGGUCCCAAUGUCAACGUCAAGGUCACUGUUGCUAUUUAUAGGUCAACCACAGGGCCAAGUAGGAAUUAAUGUCUUACAGAUGUUUCCUAGUUCUUUUAGGAGAGAAGCUUAAGUCUGACAAGAUAGAUUAAAAUUUUAUAAAACUACUAUUAAACCAUACAGUGAUAUUGUCUGGCAAGUUUUAUAAAACUACUAAUAAACCAUACAGUAAUAUUGUCUUGUAAGUUUUAUAAAACUACUAUUAAACCAUACAGUGAUAUUGUCUGGCAAGUUUUAUAAAACUACUAAUAAACCAUACAGUAAUAUUGUCUUGUAAGUUUUAUAAAACUACUAUUAAACCAUACAGUGAUAUUGUCUUAUGAAUUAGUUGAUUCCUGAGUAAGUUAAAUUGUAUUGUGAUGUAAAUAUCAUGAUGUGUGUAAACUGUUUUAACACAGGUUAUCAGUUUAUCUAUUAUAUUCUCAUCCACGGUUGAGUAGCUCAACUUUCCAUGAAGGUGAGAAGUCUGACUGACAGUACAGGGUGAAUUCAGAAUGAAAAAAUAUGUAGAUUGUAUUGUUGAGGUCUUGUAUUGUUUAAAGUGUUGUAGGUAUUUAUUUUAAAUUAUUGAAUAAUUACAAUUGUGCUCAAGUGGUAUAAAUAAUUUAAGUGUAAAUGUCCUUUGCUAUAUUAUAUUGCCCAUUUAUUAUAAUAAUAUUGUUAUUUCAAUUUAGUAUUUUUUUGUUACUUUCGUUUUCUGUAUAUUUUAUGUUUUCAUGCAAGUUUUCAUUCCUAUGUGAGAUUAAUGGAUGAUAAGGCAAAAAGUAGGCACGAUGUCUGAGCUUAGUUUCUAGAACACCCAUAACUUAAGAAAGGAUUUUCCAUUUACUUAGGUAAUGAUUUUCUUACAGUGAA